UAGGGCUAGAUCUUUUUGUAUUGUGUUAGGUAGUUGACAUGCAUGAGUGCGAUAAAUGAUACAAAAUGCGCGCAUCAGUGUUCAUUCAUGAGAUGCCCUCCCAUCCAUUCCUCGUGACUCCAUAAUGAUGGAGGCCGGGUGAUAGCAGCUAACUUUAAUAUAAUUUGGAUACCCACGAAACUUAAUUAAUAGGGCCGCAUCAGGUGAAUUGCCUAGCAGCUCAGCCGAUAUACUAUAUAAUAAAGAUACGAGUAUAUACAUACUUACUCCGGCCGGCCUUAUCAAGUUAGCGAGUGAAAUAUAGAUAUACAUUCCGAGCGCGCAACAAAAUGGACAUUUUCUUCCAAACAAUAACACCCCUCCUCCUGCUGCUGCAUCUCACAUUCUCCAUCCCUUUUGCCCAUAGUGACACUAAUACUGCGGCCGCGGCCUUGGUGGAUGCCCCGCAGGCGAACUGCACGCACGCACGCACGGAUGCCCGCGAGCAAGAGGCUGUGUACGAGAUCAUGAGGGCCACCGGGAACCACUGGGCGGCCGACAUUCCGGACGUGUGCCGCGGCCGCUGGCACGGCAUCGAGUGCAUGCCGGACAAGAGCCGCAGCAACGUGUUCCACGUCGUUUCCCUCUCCUUCGGCGCGCUCUCCGACGACACCGCCUUCCCCACCUGCGGCGGCGCGGCUCCAUCCAUUUCCCCCGCCCUCACCCGCCUCUCCCAUUUGCGGACCUUGUUCUUCUACCGCUGUUUGGCCGGCAACCCCCAGCCCGUCCCGCCCUUCCUGGGCGAGCUCGGCCGGGGGCUGCAAACCCUCGUCCUCCGGGAGAACGGGCACGUGGGGCCCAUACCGAGCGAGCUCGGAAACCUGACCCGCCUGACGCUCCUGGAUUUGCACGGGAACAGCCUGAACGGGUGCAUUCGGGGACAGCUGGACCGCCUCACGGCUUUGAGAUCAUUGGACUUGAGCCAGAACGAGCUGGGCGGCCCGAUCCCCCCCACCCUGGCCUUCCCUCGCUUGCGCACUCUGGACCUGAGCCGGAACGGCCUCGUGGGUCCCAUCCCCGCCCGCAUCCUCAGCUCCGGCCGCUCGCUCAUCAAGGUGGACUUGAGCCGGAACCGGCUCUCCGGUUCGAUUCCGGACCCCAUCGACGGCUCCCUCGGCAACCUCAUACUCAUGGACCUCAGCCACAAUAGCCUCAUCACCUCGCCCUUCCCGAGAAGCCUCAAGAGCCUCAAUGCUCUGGCAGCUCUGAUUCUGAGCGGAAAUGCGGCGGCGGAUGCAACCAUCCCGGAAUCUGUUUUCCAGGGCGGGUUCAAGGGCCUGGUCAUCCUGGCGAUGUCCGACAUGAAUCUGCGGGGUCCCAUACCGGAGUCGCUGGGAAGGUUGAGCAGCCUUCGGGUGGUGCACCUGGACGGGAACCGGUUGAGCGGUCCCAUUCCGCAGAGCUUUGAGAGGUGCCGGCUGAGUGAGCUGAGGCUGGAGAACAACCAGCUGACGGGGCGCGUGCCAUUCAACAGGGACGCGCUGUGGAGGAUGAGGACAAAGUUGAAGCUUUUCAACAAUUCAGGGCUAUGCUAUGACGGUCAUGACGGUGACGACCUUGAAGCCAUCUCCGGCUCUGCUAUUGGGCGCUGCGCCACCCACCCGCCUACUGCGGCGGCGGUUCAACAAGCGUGGCCACCGGCCAGUACUGCCAGCAUCAAUUGCCCCCCGCCUCUCAUCUUCUCUCUGCUUCGAUUACCACCGCCUAUUCUGCUUCUCUCCUUCCUAAUUUAACCUGUCUUUGUACAUUUCAAAUUGGUUUCUCUACACUCAUAAAUACUACUCUCC